UAUUCUCCAUCACAUCCUUUUCCUUCUUCUAUAAAUCCAUUGCCACAAACUAGCGUCUUAUCAAAACGAUGGAGAUCCUUUGGUCUUCAUUCCCUGAGUCUUGACUUCACCUCCAUUAACACAUUUCCACUUCAAACGGUUUUGAUCCGUUGUGCAAUUAGACAAAUAAGUUUCAAAGAACUUGAUGUUGAGUUGCUACUGUGAAGACUUACUCAAUUUCCUCGCGGCGUUAUAAAAAGUGUCUAACGAGUUUUCAAGUUGAAAUCUCGAUAUCCUGGAUUUAGAUUGCUACUUUCUUCUGUAAUCGGCAGGUGGUUUCGAUCACUCAAUACAUUAUCUCUUUCCCUUGUCAUUUUAUAUGAUCAAUCCUCAUCUCGGAUUUGUUUUACUGAAUCAUCAUUUCUCGUCUAAAGAAACUCAAAUCUUGACCGCUGUUUUGGGCUGAAAACUCUAAGAUUAGUUGUAGCGCUCGAAGAUUUAACUCUAGAGAAUUUGCUUUCAGUUAAACGGGUUGGAUAUUUCAUGUGCAAAAUUGGGGAGAAAUUGCGAAUCACAAGCUGUUUUGAAGCGUAUUAUGAUAAGAAGUUGGCGUGAAGAUUAAUGCUCCCAUACUUAGAAUUGGUUGUUUGGGAAUACAAUGCUUAUCUAGGUAGCGACUCUCUGCAGAAUUUAACAUCUCUUCAUGAAGCUCCGUUGGGUUUUUUCUACUUCAUGAGAUAUACAGUACGGAAAGCUCGAAGUCCACCCUGUUUAGAAGCUCUUCCAGCCAUUGACACACUUAUUCUCAAUGGAUUAUCAACGAACUACAAGAUUGAAAGGAGCGGUUACCAAUUUCUAAGCCACUUUAAGGUAGUGAAAAUUCAUGGAUUUUUAGAAUGUGAGACCGAAGUUAGUUUGGCCAAGUUUUUGCUAAGCUGGAAAGCACUUGCAAGAAAUGACUCAUUUGCACCUCAAACUUGCAACUAUCAGAGAUUCUCUUCGAAGACAAAAAGCUUAGUCUCAAAUGCAUGGGAUUUCUCUUGGGCGUCUUCUAUGGCUAAAAUUGGCAUUCUCACUAAUCUUGGAAAUUCAGAUAUUCAUGAAAUUUAUAAUUCUAAUUCCAAUGCACGUUUUUAA